AUGAAAAUGGCUGACAUUAAGAAAAAAAUUUUGAUGAAAGUCAGAAGAAUUGAAUACAAGCAUGUUAAUUUUCCUGAAGAAUAUAUUGAGACUGAACGAAAAUAUAAAAAAUAUAGGGAUAAUUUUAAUAAGGUAGGUUCAAGUAUAGCCUCACUUAUGAAUUAUGAACAUGGGGGUAAUGCAAAGAAGAAAUUGUACCAAGGACUUAGUAUUAUAAGCAGUGUAUCUAAUUUAAAUUUUUUAGAUAAUCAUGAUGUAUUUGAAGCCAUGAGCAUUAUAUGUUCAAAUUUUGCGGAUGAAGAUAAUGACAAGUUACUUAGAGAAAAUAAUAAAAUGGCUACUGCUUAUCGUAAAAUAUCUGAAGCAAAAAUGAAAUUUAAUGAAAAUUGUGCAAAAGAAAUGGGCGUACUGAAGAAUUGUAAACAAAAGAUUGAAAUAGCCAAUAAAGAAAGAGAAAAUGCUAAAAUUUAUAGGUACGAUUUAGAAAAUGCAAAAGAAAAUGAAAGUAGUGAAAAUAGGGAAGAGUGUGAGAGAUUUGAAGAAUUGUUUAAUAAGUCAUGUGUACAAGCUUUGUCUGCAAUGAAUGAUUUUUUAGGAGAUGAUGGAGUACAAGGAGUUUUAAAAAAAGUAUUAGAAUACAAUGUAGAUUUUUUUAGAGUUGGCCUAGAAGCACUAGAAAAGGCGAAAUAA